CCAUUCUAUCUAUACUGAAAAAAGCACAAUCAGAGGCUGCAUAGGCAUGGCUCUUGGUCCAAAAAAAGUCAAAGACAAAAUUGACAAAAUAAAAAAUGAACCCGAUUUUUACGAGAAUUCUCCUUUUCUUACUCUGGCUAAGGAAUUAUUAAAAUUAGUUAAAGAAAAUAAAGUGGAGGUGGUUUUCCUAUCGGCUUAUGACAAAAGGGUUUUCUCAGACGGGGACCCCCGCAAGAAAAAAAUAUUCAAGGAAACUUUUGGUAGAUUUUCUAAUUGUUCGUUGAAUCUGUUGGGAUUUGAGAGCGAGGGCCAAGGACAAACAAAAGGAGAAUGA